AUGAAAUCCUUCGAAGAGUGUUGCGAGGAGUGCCAAGAGCAGAAUCCCUUCUUUCGGCUCGGUGGAGGCGUGGUGGGGAAGUUCACCUACACGAGAGACACGCCAUUCAUUCAGCCUUUCGAAAGCAUCGAGAGUCCUUGGGCGGACUACAUCAAGAGCGACAGCAUGGAGACCAACAUAAAGAAGCUAUUCAAAUUGGCUCAGAAGUACACCAAGAAACAGAAAGAAAAAGAAGAGAAGGUGGAAGAGGAGAAGCCAAAGGAGCGAGAGAAGCCGAAGGAGCCAGAAGUAGAAGAAGUAGAAGACGAAAAACCACUA